AUGUCUAAUAGUACUAUAAAUAUAAUAAAACAGAUGAGAUCAGAAAUUGAAUUUAAUAAUAAAUGGAAUGAGGCAAUGGAGAUGAUUAAAACAAAUAACAUUGAUUCUCCCAAAAUACCUCGAAAAAAAAAUGUUCCAUAUAAGCUAGGUGGUGGGGAAAAGGGGCCUCAAACUUUGAAUUUAAAAGAUUAUUAUCGUAUUGAAAUUUACUAUCCAGUCUUAGAUAUCAUAAUUAGAGAAAUGCAACAACGUUUUCAAGAAAACCAGCUAGAUAUAUUAAAUGGAUUAAAAGAAAUAAUAGUCAAUGAUAAUCCACCCCACGAAGCAUUAAAUAUUGUUUGUAACACCUACAACUUUGAUUUAAAACAUCUGAAUACUGAAAUUGAAGUUUAUAAUAGAAUGUUUAAAUUGAAAUACUCCAACAUAGAAACAACUAGUACUAUGGCAAAGAAAAUAGAAUUUAUUAAGAAUGAUGAUUUUCAAAAUGGAUUUCCGAUUUUAACAUCAAUUAUUCGUAUAUUUCUUACUAUACCCACUACAACUGCCAGCUGUGAAAGAUCAUUUUCAUGUCUAAAAAGACUUAAAACUUAUCUGAGGACCACAAUGGGUCAAGAACGAUUAAGUAAUCUUGGUACAUUACAAAUUGAAAAAAAAAGGAAUGUCAAUAUAGAAGAAGUCAUUGAUGAAUUCAACAAUAAUUCCUCUGUGAAUAGCCGAAAAUUAAGUUUAAAAUAA